AUGUGUGGGGGUCUCUUCCUAUUUAAGUUCACUGCAGAAGAAGACCUGAUCUUUGUACUCUCAGGAUCCUGGGCUUAUGGGAAGCAUUUCCUAACUCUGGCUAAAUGGAAGCUUGGCUUGGACCCCUUAGUUGAACUCAACCACAUGGCUCUUGUCUGGGUUAGACUACUUGGCCUACCGCUGGAGUUCUGGGAUGAACAAAUCUUCUGCUGGAUCAGAAACUCGUUCGGCAACUAUGUUACAACAGAUUUGGUCACUCUUGCUAAAUCCAGGUUGGUUUAUGCAUGUUUUUGUGUCAAUGUUGCAAUUAAUAAAUCUCUCCCCAAUUUAGUUUCUCUAAAAUCAAAAUGGGGAAAAUGGUCCCAGACCAUUUUCUAUGAAAAUGAUACCCUUUUUUGUCAAAAGUGUGAUAAACAAGGUCACACUUAUACUGAGUGUAAGACCCAGGAGUCUGCAGAACCCAAGCUGAAAGAAAAGGCUAUUGAUGAACCCAUCAGCCCAAGUGCUCCCUCUUCAUUAGCUCCCUUGGGACUGCCUAGUGUGAAUGAAAUCCCAGAUGACUACCCUCACACGAACAAGAUCCUUGAGAUCUUAAAAACCCCAAAGGUUUUUGUGAAGAAUGUUAGCCCAGUUAUACCCUUGGAAGAGGGUGAAAUCCCUCCGGUGAAAAAUCUUCUGGCUUUCCUCUGA